AAAGAGAAAAUAGUGAAUAGAACGACAAAAGAUAAUUUUCCAAUGCCCUGUAAGCAGAGGCACCGCGUCGGGAAAGAGGUCAUAGCAAACAAUAAUUCGAGCAGAGCAGCGAGAGAACGACAGGGACAUCAACAUCGAUUUUUUUGCACCCUUUUUUGUGCAUAAUUCGCAUCGCAUUUUAGCACACAAAGGAGACGGCUUGGUCACAGGCAGCAGGCAGCACGCAACCCAAAGAGUUCGCAGAACCGUGUCGUCGAGUCCGGGCGGGAGUGUAACAUUGUGGAACGGUUGGAAACAGUCGUAGAAUGAGCGACAGUGGGGAGGAACGCGACCAUCAACCGAUGGCGCGGCAAACUUCGUCAGCACCGUCGCCGCCACCGUCACCGUCGCCGUCUGCGUCUCCGUUGCCAGGCGUCUCAAGUGCAUCGACGUCGACCUCGACGGCACCCGGUGGGCAGGCCACACCGGAGAUGAAACGCUCGACUGUGCGCACCCUCAUUCAGCGCUAUUUCCACCAGCUGCAGUCCGGAUGUGGCAAUGAGCAGUGCACCAACAUCAACUGCGCGUCCAGCGGAAGGGUGGCACCCAUGACGCCCAACGAGGUGGCGGCCCGCGCACUCCAGCUAUUCUCACAGGAUGCCCGGCUGUGCGUGAAUCCUGCGCAACUGCAACCGCCACCGCAAGCCGAACUCGAGCCGCAACCGGAGCGUGUCGCUCCAGUAGCCAUCAGCCCUCAUGAUAUCGACAUGCUUUCCCCCAACGAAAGCAGCAGCAGUAGCAGCAGCAGCAGCAGCAGUAGCAACAGCUCCACCAGCACCAUCACCUCCGCCAGCACCACAACAACAACCAGCGCCCAGUCGCAAAGUUCUCCGGGUCCAACAUCGGUUUCAGUGCCCGGUCCAAGUCCAAGUCCCAUAGCGACAGCAUUGCCGCGAAUGGAGCAGCCCGAACUGGUGGCUCCAGCACCUGCGCCUGAACCUGCACCUGCCCCCGCCUCUUCCACCUCCACCUCCUCCUCCUCUGGAGCGUGCACAACAGAAAAUCUUUCGGAAGUCAAAUCUCUGGAGGCCAGCUGUCUGAUAUCCCUUUACGAGGAGUGUGUGAAGACGGACAGCUAUGACAAGCUCUACCAGGCCGUCGGUGAUGUCUUCUCGUGCGUGGAACGACUGAGCAGGAGCUUUGUGCGCACUCCGGACACGGAAGAAGAGGAGACACCGGCAGCUAGCGUGCCGAUCUUCUUGGCCAAGCCUCCAGAGCCCCUGAACAAGGAGCAGCUGCGCACACUGGAGGGAGAGCACGACAAAGACGAGGACAGCACUCAGCAAGCAGGCGCAAUGGAGGCCGUGGCAGGUACGGACACAGAAGCCGAAGCGGUGGCAGACGUCGACGGAGACAAUGACGAUGAUGCUGGGCCGGAGGAUGCCGAUGAUGAGGAUGUGCCCAUGGAGCCGGCUCCCAAGUCAACGUCGAACGCACAGCUGAAGGAUCUAUCGCUGAGCAGCGACACUCUGGUGGACUUUGAAGGACUGCGACGCGUGCAGCAACUCUUGUUUGCCUCCAAAUCGCGAACUGUCAUCGACAAGCUCACCAGCAGCGUCAUCCAGCUGGCGGACUGGAUCCAUUACAUGCGGCGGUACACCCCAGACUGGGAGAAGGUCAUCCACUGUCUGGUCAUAUGCUUUGACCUGGCCACCAACACCAAAAACAUGGACUACCUGGAUCGGGUGCUGCCCAAGCUGUGUCUGGCAGCUUCCUCCAUGUCCGUCAAGGCGCAGGCGCGUCUGGCCCGGAUAUGGGCGGCGCAUUGCGCGGACCAGCUGCAUACGCUGGUCGCCUCCUGCCAGCAGCAGAUCACCCUCCAGGUCCUGCUAGACGAGGAGGCAAUGCGCGAAAACGAGCACAUAAUUUGCGUGACCAAAGUUCUGAAGAUUGUGUUUUAUGCCAACAUUCUGGCCAGCGAACUGGAGCGUCCCUCCUGUCGGAUGUCGCUGGAGGAACAGGCGGAGAUUGAAGAGGACAGUACUGAGGACGGUGUGCCCCCCGAGGAAGACCUCUUUCUGUACAACCAGGUGGGGCAUCCCCACGUGCCCAAGUUCGCCGAGGACCAGAUGGAGAAGAUGCUGAAGGUGUCGGCCAUCGACUGCCGCAAGCCGCUGGUGCCUCUCGAGGAGUUCUAUAAUGAGGCGCUCAGCGAGAACAUCCAGAUGCACCACGACUACCUCUCGUACAAGUCGCUGGCCAUGGAGAGCGAGGUGGGCUCCAGCUCCAGCAACUACUUCUCCUUCAUGCUGUACGCAUUCAUCCUGACGCCCGCCACCAAGGUGGACGCCCUGUACUACGACAGCCGGAUGCGGAUGUACAGCGAGCGCUACUCCACGCUCUAUUCGCUCAUCAACAACUUUGGCCAGGACGGGCCGGAUGCCAUCCACCGGCCGGAUCUCAAGUUGACCGUGCGACGCGAUCAGCUAAUAAACGAUGCGCUCGUGGGGCUGGAACUGGUGGCCAUGAGCAAUCCAAAGGAUCUCAAGAAGCAGCUAGUCGUGGAGUUUGUCGGCGAGCAGGGCAUCGACGAGGGCGGCGUAUCCAAAGAGUUCUUUCAAUUGAUCGUUGAGGAGAUUUUCAAUCCGGCAUUCGGCAUGUUUUUGCAGCAGGAGGAGACCAACAACAUGUGGUUCAAUGCCACACCCUUCGAGAAUGGGGCACAAUUCACUCUGAUUGGUAUCAUCAUCGGAUUGGCCAUCUACAAUAACGUGAUUCUGGCUGUGAACUUCCCGAUGGUGGUCUACCGCAAGCUAUUGGGCUAUCGCGGUACAUUCUGCGAUCUGCGCGACUACAGUCCCAUGCUGUACUCGAGCCUCAAGUCGUUGCUCGACUUUGAGGGCGAGAACAUGGAGGAAGUCUUCGAUCAGACGUUCAAGAUAAGCUACACCAAUGUGUUCGGUGAGAUGGUCGAGCACGAGCUGGUGCCGCACGGCGACGUGGUACUCGUCGGGCAGCACAACAAGCAGCUGUUUGUGGACCUGUACGCCGACUUUCUGCUGAACAAGAAUAUUCAGCAGCAGUUCAACUCCUUCCGCAAGGGCUUCGAGAUGGUCACCGACGAGUCGCCGCUGAAGCUGCUCUUCCGUCCCGAGGAGAUCGAGAUGCUGGUCUGCGGCAGUCGCGAAUUCGACUUUGUGGAGUUGGAGCACUCCACGGAGUACGAGGGCGGCUACUCGUACGAGACGCAGAUAAUCAAGGACUUUUGGAAGAUUGUGCAUGCCAUGCCGCACGAGUCGAAGCGCAAGCUGCUCGAAUUCGCAACAGGAUCGGCCCGGGUGCCCGUCGGGGGGCUCAAGUGUCUGCGCCUGCUGAUCACGCGUCACGGGCCGGACAGCGAUCGACUGCCCACUUCGCACACCUGCUUCAAUGUCCUGCUGCUGCCGGAGUACAGCAGCAAGGUGAAGCUGGAGGAGCGCCUGCUGAAGGCAAUCAACUACUCCAAGGGCUUCGGCAUGCUGUAGGCAGUGGGACCCGAGUUUGGGCCCCAAUUGCAUCGUAACUGAUACCACCUCUCUAGGAACGAAGACGAUUACAUAUUUGGCUUUAGUGUUUUUUUGUUGUUGGGUUAUGCCAUUUAUUUUUGAUACAACCUGUUCAAAUGAGACAAUAUACAUAUAUAUAUGCUCAAUUUCUGGCGCGAUGGCAAGCUAAAAUAAUGAACGGACACGACUUUCACGGUACACUCGAGAAACUCCCCUACCACACUGUUCUUUCUUUUGUCGCUCAGUUAAUUGUAAAUAUAAAUUUACUAGUAUGUGUACAA